AUGGUCAAACCUGGAGGUGUGCCCUCUAAAAUUAGGGAAAGUACAAGGUUUUACCCUUAUUUUAAGGAUUGCAUUGGUGCUAUUGAUGGAACCCACAUUCCAGCCAUGGUAAAAGGUCGAGAAGUUCGGCACAUGAUUCAAAAUGAUGCCUUAUCAAGAAGAAAUGGAAUUGAAGUGCCUCAAGGAAAAUAUUUUCUCAUGGAUUGUGGAUUUGCUAAUCGACGCCAAUUUUUAGUUCCACUACAAGGUGUCCUAUAUCAUCUGAAAGAUUUUGGUGGUCAAGGUCGCCACCCCAGAAAUGCAAGUGAGUUGUUUAAUCUUCACCAUGCAUCAUUGAGGAAUGUGAUUGAAAGGAUAUUUGGUAUCUUUAAAUCACGGUUCACAAUUUUCAAAAGCGCACCUCCCUUCCCAUUUGAGACACAAGCGGAGUUAGUGUUAGCUUGUGCUGGACUACAUAACUUUCUUCGCAAAGAAUGUCGCUCCGAUGAAUUUCCCGUUGAACCAGAAGAUGAUCAGUCUUCAUCAUAUCUAGACAUGGAAGAUGAAAAUCUUGAACUACUUUCUCAAAGCCAACAACAACAAAGAGCAGAAGCUAAUGCUUGGAGAAUUAGCAUUGCUGAUGCUAUGUGGAAUGAUAGGCCGUGGAAUGAUGAUAAUGGAAAUCAAGAGGAUAACAAUGAGGAUCAAGACAAUGACAAUGAGAAUAAUGAGGAACACAUAAAUGAUGAGAAUCAGGAGGUUUACGAUGAUAAUGAGGUUGGAAUGGAGGAGUAUGCAUCAUUCUAA